AUGGAGGCGAGGCGGCUCAAUUCCUUGCAGAUAGCGCAGAAGAGGAGGUUCCGCUUCGUUAUCAAAGCCCAGCUGGUGGCAUUGGCUUUGUGCUGGGCGAUGCUCGUUUGGGUCCUGAUAGAGCUGAAGGACGCUCCAGCGGAGCUGCGAACCUUUGAUCCUUACCAGAUCCUUGGCGUGGAAAGGGGUGCUGGAGCGCGGGAGAUCAAGAAGGCCUACCAUACCAAGUCCUUGCAGCACCACCCAGACAAGGACAAGGACAACCCCUUGGCCCCAGUGCUCUUCCAGCAGGUGUCCAAGGCCUACGAGGCCCUAACGGACGAGUCUGCACGCAAGAACUACGAGAAGUACGGAAAUCCUGACGGGCCCGUUCAGAUGAAGAUGGGAAUUGCGCUGCACCCAUCCUUGUUGGUCAAGGAGAACCAGAUCUUCACCUUGUGCUGCUUCUUCGCGGUGCUCUUCGUCGUGCCCUUCUCCGUGGUUUGCUGCUGCUUGAGGGGCUCCAAUGUCUCCGCUGCCGGCAUCAGCGGCGAGACGCUGAAGGUCUUUCAUGCGUGCAUAGACAUGGAGGUGAGCACCAACGAUACUCCCGGUCUGCUUGCAGCCACUUUGGAGGCGAGACGCCAGAUGUGCGCGGACAUUCGCCCAGUGCUGGAUGCGAUGGUGUCUUCCCAUCCAGAGCCACUGCAGCCAGGAAUCGUGGUGCAGUUUGUGCAGGCUACAGGCAGUGGAGAAGAGCCUGGUCGGAGAGGCGUUCUACGGCAGAUGGGCCCGGACGGCCGCUGUGAGGUGGAGGUGUGGCCUCCCUCUGGACCGCCUCAGAAACCCGAGGAGGUGCAAACCAAGAUCUUCCCUCGGUCCGUCUUGGCCUCCUCCGAACCAAGGAUUCCCUGCUCAUUCAGCGACAAUCUGGUCCGCCGCGGGGCGGCCAUGCUGUGGGCGCAUAUGCGGCGUUUGCAUCCGCACAUGACGCCAAUGCUGCAGGCGGAGCUCACCAACCGACUCAUGCAGACGCCAAAGCUGUGCAGGGCUAUGAUUUCUAUCGCAGCACAUGGCGAAGGUGAUCGUUCAGGCUUCAUCGAUGUGGUGCGCAGCUGCAUCAUGCUUUCGCGCUGCUUGGUGCAGGCGAUAGAUUUCAACGACUCGCCACUGCUGCAAUUGCCUCACGUGAAGUCAGUGCCCAAAGCCGCACCGACUCUUCGCGAGGUCGUGGAGUCUGUGGAGCCGUCCCUCAAGCGCUUGGGCAAUUUCACCCCGCAGCAGGUUCUGGACAUUCAGUCCUUUUGCCGACAUGUGCCGCUUGUUGAGCUGAGCUACGUGGCAGAGGUGAACGAUGAGCCUGAUAUGGCCGAAGGGGACAUGGGCACAAUCAAGGUGACUCUCACGAGGACGAACCUGGCAGAGUCGGAGUGCGUCGGCCCAGUGCAUGCGCCCUUCUUCCCGGCUGUCAAGUUCGAGGAGUGGUGGCUGCUCGUGUAUGACAACCGCGGGCGAAGGCUGAUUGCCAGUGACCUCAUGUUGGGCACGGGCCGCGAGACCAAGACCAGCGUGAACUUCAUCGUGCCGCGACCCGGUGACUUCGACUGGACCAUCUUUGCCAUGUGCGACUCCUACGCAGGCCUCGACGCCAAGUGCGAUGUGAGCUUCCGGGCGGCGAAGAGGACGGAGGUGGAUCGGUCGAUAUUUGUUCAUCCCGAGGAUGCUGAGAUCAGGACAUUCUUUGAGGAAGUAAUGCUGGGGCUGGACCAGGACCAGGAGUCCUCAGAAGAGGAAGAAGAGGACGACAGCAGACAAAAGCAGCUGCAAAAGCGGGAAGCCAAGAAGUCCGACGUCGAAGGGAAGGUUGUGGAGGCGGCAGAAGUGGAGGAGUCGGAGGCCGUCAAGGAGGCGAACGUAGAUGCGGUGAAGGAGAAGGCAAAUGCUGAAGGCUCUGAUGAGGACGAAGAAGAAAAGGCAGUGCCCGAGGGCUCGUUCUUCCGCAUCAAGGACACCACAGGCACAUACCUGUACCGUGAGCCUGUGGAGGACGAGUCUGUGCGCAUGGGCUCAGUGCCCCCGGACACUGUCCUGCGAGGCUUUCAGGGCGACGGGCGCCCAGAUGGCUGGCUGGAGGUGCCCACAGGAAGGAUCAAGUUUUCUGCAGAUUGCGCUGCUUGUCACAUCACCUUGAACCGACCUGCAAAGCUCAAUGCGCUGAACUUGAGCAUGAUUCGCUGCCUGCAUGGGUCCUUGGACCAGGUGGAUGCCAAGGCUGGCAAGGUUGGCUGCUUGAUAGUGGAUGGUGCUGGCGGCAGAGCCUUCUGUGCUGGGGGAGAUGUGCAGAUGAUUCGUGAGGAGGGCAUGGCAGGAGGAUCACUGCCUGCAGACUUCUUCUAUGAAGAGUAUGGGGUGAUUUUCAGACUGGCAACCCUCUUCCAGCGAAUAGGUUGCUGUCAAGUGAGCCUGUGCGAUGGCAUCACCAUGGGCGGCGGUGUGGGGCUGGCAACCCAUGGCCCCUUCCGCGUUGUGACUGAGAAGACACGCUUCGCCAUGCCUGAGAUGGCAAUUGGCCUUUUUCCCGACGUGGGGGCCACAUAUUUGCUGAGCCAUCUGAAAGCCGGCGCCAGUGUUGGACGCUUCCUAGGAAUGACGGGCACCACCCUGGCGGCCUGGGAUUGCCUGCGAGCUGGAGUUGGGACGCACUUUGUGCCCUCUGCUCGUUUGCCAAGGCUACGGAAGGCGCUCAUGACGAGGUUUUCUCCCGGUCUUCCGGGCGACCUCGCUAUGAAGCUUUGCGAGGAAACCAUCAAGGAGUUUGCGGAGGAGCCAUCCCCGGCUGACUGCGUGCUUGAUGACGACAAUUUGGAGUUGGUUGAGAGGUGCUUUAGUGCGGCAUCUGUAGAGGAGAUUGUCCAGAGACUACGAGCGGAGAAAGGCGACUUUGCAGCGGCCUGCCUGAUGAAGCUUUUCCAGUCUUGCUCGCCAACGUCUUGUAAAGUCACGUUGGCGGCCAUGAACGAAGCAAGCAAGCCGGAAGCUGCCAUCGGGCCUGUGCUGCGGAUGGAGUAUCGGUUAUCGCAGAGGUUCACCACGCGGCAUCAGCCGGCAUCUGACUUUUUCGAAGGUAUUCGAGCCGUACUCGUGGACAAGGAUCGGAUGCAGAAGUGGAAUCCCAGCUGGGAGGCCCUGCAUCAGAUCACGGCGGAGCAUGUGGCUGCCUUCUUUGCGCCCCUAGAGCCAGAGCACACACGCGGCGAGCUGCCGGUGGAGGACUUGUGGGACUUCAGUGAAUCGAGAAGACCACCGUUUCCUGAAGUCUUGCUCAAGUCGAAGCUCUGA